GCGAUCUGGAGGUGGGCAAACGUUAAGAACCUUGACAUUUUCCUCACCGAAGUCUACGACUACUACACGGGCAAGGGACUUUACAAUAUCUUGCUGAUGCGGGUCAUCAAUCUUGCUACAUUUGCGUUUGUUGUCGGGUUUUCGAUAUAUCUGGGCUCUUGCAUUGACUUUUCGUUGAUACGAACAAGUCACUCACUGAAAGAGGUGGAAGUGCCGCACUGCAUGUCACGUAGACUGGGAGGAUUUUCAAAAUUCUGUCUCUGGAUCUUGACUUUCGUAUGGUUCAUUCGUUUAGCAGAUUAUAUCAUCGAUUUCCCUCGACUGCUCCAUAUUCGAGACUUCUAUCACCACCUGUUGGGCAUCAACAAUAGUGACAUUCAGACAAUCUCUUGGCAUCAGGUAGCUGCUCAAAUAAUGCAGCUCAGAGACGACAACCCACUCACGUCCGCGACAGCCCAGCGGAAAUACCUCGGACAUAUGUCGAAAGAGCGUAUGGAGGAGCGCGAUAUUGCUCACCGUAUAAUGCGGAGAGAUAAUUAUUAUAUCGCAAUGAUCGACAAGGACAUCCUUGACUUUAGCAUUCCGAUUCCGUUUUUGCGGAGCCAAAGGUGGCUGACGAGGAGCUUGAAGUUCAAUCUCGAUCUCUGCAUUAUGUAUUUUGUGUUCAACAGUCAGGGACAGAUCAACUCGACAUUUCUGAAGUAUGACAAACGAAAGGAGCUCUCUGAAGCUCUACGUCGCCGAUUCGUGAUUGCCGGAGCUUUCAAUCUUGUCUUUGCACCAUUCUUCAUGGUGUAUCUUUCUUUACUGUAUUUUUUUCAGUACUUUGACGAAUACCACAAAAAUCCUGGAUCUUUCAGUGCUCGUCAGUACAGCAGCUUCGCUGAAUGGAAAUUCCGAGGCUACAAUGAGCUGUAUCACUCUUUCAGGCGAAGGCUUGAUCUCAGCUGCUAUCCGGCAACGGAGUACGUCAAUCAGUUUCCAAAGGAAAUGCUUAACCAGAUCAUGCGCUUCGUGGUUGUCGUUGCCGGUGCGUUUGCUGCGGUAUUGGCGGUGGUGACUAUUAUCGAUCCUGAAGUCUUCUUGGGCUUUGAGAUUACGCAGGAUCGCAACGUGUUGUUUUACAUAGGAGUAUUUGGAUCUCUCUUGGCUGCCGCUCGUGGGAUGAUUCAAGACGAACGGCUUGUCUACGACCCGGAAGCGAACUUGCGAUACGUGGCAGAGUUCACGCAUUUUCUACCCUCGGAAUGGAAUGGAAAACUACACACUGAAGAGGUGAAGAAUGAGUUUACCAAGUACUACUGUUUGAAGAUCGUUUUGAUUUUACAGGAAAUGCUCAGUAUGAUUCUGACCCCCUUUGUCCUGUGGUUUUCACUCACGAAAUCAUGCGAUAAAAUCGUCGAUUUUUUCCGAGACUGCUCGUUAUAUGAAGAUGGUCUGGGAUAUGUGUGCACGUUUGCUGUCUACGAUUUCAGCAAGAAGCCUAGACUUAACCAGAUGCAUCGACAUAGCACGUAACGACAUCCAGCAUCUUUAUUUGUUUGCAAUUGGCGUAAUAUACAUAUCCGGUUUAUUGUAAUGGUCGGAGUUUGUGCGGGAUUCGCCCUCUUAUAAGUUUUUAGUAAUUUGUUUUGUCAUUCCAAUUAAUUAGGAUAUUAAUAUAUAAUUCGGAUCAAUAAGAGG